CAACGAAGUUAGGCCUCGAACUGCCGUUUCGCUGAUGGAUUUGGGGCCGGACGCUCUGGUGGAGAUCUAUGACUUUCCCACAGGCCGCGGAUUUCGAGCACUUCAGCCUCUCCAGAAGGGGCAGGUGUACCUGAAGGUGCCGCUCGAGAAGUGUUGGUCUGCAGUCAGAGCACGGCAGGACUACAAGGAGCUACAGACUCUGAGUCUGGCGACUGACGAGGAUGUGAUGGCCCUGCACUUGCUUCUGGAAAAAGCUCGGGGCGAGUCAGGCUGGAACGCGGAGCACCUUCGAUGUCUCCCAAAAAGCUUUGACAUGCUCCCCCACUGGUCGGAGGAUGAGCUAGGAUUGCUGCAAGAGCCGGAGCUGGAGAGUACCGCACGGCGACUCAAGAAACAGGUGCAGUCGGACUUCUCGGAGGUUCUUCGAGAGGCGAAAGGCGACUGCUUGUCAUUGCUGGAGGAGCGUGGCGUGGACUUCGAGAGUUACCUCUGGGCCAAGUCGGUGCUGUGGAGCCGCUGUGUGGACUUCUCUCGAGAGCUCUUGGAGACAGCAGGACAGGCUUUGCCGGAAACCAAGCAGCACCUCCGUCUGCUGGUUCCUGGCUUCGACAUGGCCAACCAUGAUCCCAGGUUGGCCGGCACUGGGCGCACGCACACGGUGCUGGAGGGUGGCCACGUGGCGCUGGUAGCUUCCGUGGACUAUGAGGCAGGCGAUGAGGUCUGCAUCUUCUAUGAGAAGGCCGACAACCAUCGGCUUCUGUUGUGGUAUGGAUUUGUUCUUGAGAACAAUCCAUUCGAUGCGGCCCAGAUCAGGCUGCCGAUCGACCCGCGAGCGGGUCCGGGGCUCGAGGCGCUGGGAGCAGUGCUGGAGGAGGAUGGCGGCAAGGUCUUCGCCCGAUGUAGCAUGACGCUGUCGGACCCGGUGCCCCAGGCCGCGAUCCGUGCUGCGGCGGUGUGCCAAAGUUUGAUACCGCCCAGCAGCGGGGAGGUCCUCACCGCGCGCCAGGAGCUGGAGGCGCUUCGGCUUCUGCAGCGGGCCUUGCCCAAGGCUGAUGAGCCACCGCCCUUGCCACACCCCAGCGACUGGCGCAGGUACUGUGCUGCCGUGGUGAGCGGCUUCGGGCCGCAGAUCCAGGUGGCCUUUCACAAGACGGUUGAGGCCAAGAUGAUUGCUGCCCUUGCUGCGGCCGUGAAGACUUGAAAGAAGA